CCGGGCAGCACGUGCGACCGAUCGCGCAUUUACGCGGAGAACGUGAACGCGCGUGUAUCGUUCCGUCUUUGGUUUAUACGGAAGUCGACUUUACCGAUCGAAGGUCAGGUCAUCCGUGUUUGGCGGCGAGCUUACGGCGAAGAGCUUGCUUUCGUGUAACCUAUUGGUGGCCCGAUACGUUCAUAGGUGUACGGGUGUUGGCUAUCGAUCCCGCUGUCCCGAUUUCCUGCAUGUUCAUUGGCGCCUUGGUUGCGAACAGUGCAUCGUAUGGUACAGUGCGGGUUCCGUUCGAUCAGUGCUGUGGCCUUUCUGUUACGCUCAAGAUAUUUGUGUAAUUUUACUCGUUCCAUCGGGGUGAUUUUUCCUUGUACCAACGGGAAUUCGCGGUUCUCCAGCUUUUCUUCGAAAGUGUCGGUCUGCCGGUAUCCUUGGAAGACAAUGAAUCCUCGAGGAGAGAUCGUGUCCGUAUUCUUCUGAUAUUCUUUAUCCUCCAUGGGCAGACUGUAUGGCAAUCCAUUGACUGGCAACGGCACGACACUAGGAACGAUCGAGCAAGCUUAGGAUCAUGGAAUUCUACGACGUGGGAAGCAGCGAUCUCAGGGAACUGUGGGAGUCCUAUCUCUCCGAACCGGGACUCGGCCAGGAUGUUCUCAUGGGAGCCAAAGAGGAAGAAUGGGGCAUCGCAUUAAACGUGCGAGAUAAAUCCUCGCUGGGAGUUGUGUUAAGGGAUCGUUUGAUGACGGAUGCCGCCCUCGGAGGUCCACGACCGAUCAAGUCCGAGCACAAUUAUAGUUUGUUGGCGUCGAGUCCUCCUCCAAGCCCCGCGACACCCGGUGCCAACCCCCAUACACCUAAUUCCGGAUCGUCCGCCGAUAGGGUUGGCGCUUCUCUCUCCACCACUAGUUCCUCCAUCGAUUCUACCAAUCUGGAUCAUCAUAAAUCGUUGGACAUUCGAAGCAGAAUCGAUGAUAUGGAGGAGGAGUGUUUCCCGGCGAUCUCGAUGAAUACCGCGUCGGGACGCGACGAGCUGCCUUCGUCGUCGUCCGCGUCGUCUACCUCAACGAUUAUCCUAAAGAGAAGAAACAAUGUAGUACCUGAAGACGUGGAGUGUACAGAGAUCAAAGGUGAACCGAUCAGCGCGCCUAGCAGUCCUUCGGAGUCUUGUCAAACGUCGAUAACCGACGAUAAAAACACGAUAACCAUGGUGUUUCCUCAGAGUCUUCAUUUUUCGAAGAACCACAUGUCGCAGACCAGCGAUAGCGAGGAGGAUGACGAGGAAUAUUAUCAGGGUAUGGAGGUAGAAGAGUACAACGGGGAGGCGAGCGAUGAGAAACAGGCGGAUCUACGCGCGUCCAGGCAGGGCCUACCGCCAACGCCGCCGAGCAGCGCCAGCUCCGACAGCGAGGGCACCGCUUCCGCUUCCUGUUCGCCGGAACGCCGAGAUUCCCAGAGCUCCGCGCACGCACAGAAUCUCAGAGGCCUGCUCACGCCCAGACUUUACAUCACAAACGGCACGCACACCACCAGACAGCCGAUACACACACCCUUGAUUUCCUGUCAACCGAAAGGGUCGACGGGUGUUUUAACGUUGACCGAAGAGGAAAAGCGGACAUUGAUCGCGGAGGGAUAUCCAGUGCCUACGAAACUGCCUCUGACGAAACAAGAAGAGAAGUCCCUGAAGAAAGUUCGUAGGAAAAUUAAGAACAAGAUAUCAGCCCAGGAGUCGCGACGGAAGAAAAAGGAGUACAUGGACGGCCUAGAAAGACGCGUGACAAUGCUCACGAACGAGAACUCCUCCUACCGGGACCGACUAACAGCCUUAGAAGACACGAAUCGCGAAUUACUGAAAGAGCUUCAACGUCUCCAAGCACUUCUUCAACUACAAAACUCGUAGGCGCGCCGUUUUGAAACGACGUUGAACGUUAAACUACAAACCGACGAUUUGAGUUAUUAUCAAGAAGACAUUAUAAUCGCGGUCAUAGUGGUCGGAAGGGCGAUUUCGCGAAGACUGGUGGCCAAAUAAAGGGCCUUAGAACGUGUUCCUGAUCGUCGAAUCGCGAGUGUUUUUUUUUAUCUUCUAUGUAGUUUCCUUCGAUCCUUGGACAAUUUGCAAUUUUCUUCGAUUAUAAAAGGGAGAGAAGAAAACUUACGUUUCUUCGAUGGAUAUCUUUCGAUGAAUGAUCCAUCGAGUUUUUAUGGGAUCAAAUGUUCUUGCGGACUAUUUCCCAAAUAGACCAUUUUCCAAGGGAACAGUGCAAUUUCCUUUACAUUCCUGUGUAAAGUCUUCCUCGUGUAACGAAUCGAGCGUCGGUUGACUAGAACGAUUCGCGAUGAAAAUAUAUUCCUUGGAUACGCCUCGUCUUCCUGUUUUCCGUAGACAGGAGUCGGCGGAGGGUGCAAUUCUGCAGGGAGUGCCUUGAUUCGCUUAUCUUUUUUCUUCCAUCGCGAACGACGAAUUGAAAACGAAUUUUAUUCUCUUUUCUCUUCUAUUAGAAGUGUUUCGUUGCGUUUCUGUUAUUGUAUCGCAUCUAAUGAAUCGAAUUUAUCGAAUUGUAACAUAUUGCGUAGAAAGAAAGGUCGAUCGCUAUACGAUCUAAAUGUGUAAUAUAUCGAGAGCUUAAAAUUGGAGUAAAAAAUCGUAAAAUUGCUCUAAAGUGACUAUAAAGAAGUUAUUCUACGUGUAAAAAUGAAUGGGAAAAGCAAGAAUAAAGUCUUUUCGUUGGAAUCUUCGUUGGUGAGAAAAUCGCGUUUGAAAAUUGAAGCGGGAUACACGUGCGUUCAGUUGACUCUCGACAGGGCACGUGUCUAUCGACGAUUUUUUAGAAAACGAGACUUUAAAGGAAAAAUAUUAUUUUACAUUUUCAACUUAUUUUUACACGUAGACUCAACCUUCGGAGCAACGAUACCAUCUUCUUUCGAUUUAGAAUGAACCGAACAUACACAUAUCCGACCUAUUUUCAAAUUCGAUCAUCUCGAAAACAAAAUGUUAAAUAAAAAAAAUUCAUUCUUUAUUUUUAAUUUAGUUUUGCUUACACAAUAACCUUCUGCCACCUAUUUUGGAACAUUCGGUACAUAUAACGUUCGUUUCACACUUUAUUUCGGAAAGUCGACUGUAACAGAAGCGAUGUCCAAUUUACCUCGGAAAUUGAAAUCAAAAUGUAAAGAACAAAUUUCUUAAAAUUGAUCGCAUUUUAGUUUCCUUAAAGAAGAAUACAUUUUUAAAGGAUAGCGACUCGUAACGAGAUUCGACAUUAUUACAAUGUAUUAAACGAAGAUCGAAUUCUACGUUCGAGAACGUAACUUUCUUUUCGGCGUUGUUCAUCUUUUACAGACAACUUAUUCCACAAUGUUCGAUAAAGCGUAUGGAGAGAGUUUUGAUUCAAACGAAAUUUUAACAAACGUUCAAAAGACGUGCGAAAUUUAAUUAAACGACAAGGAUUAACCCUCCAAAGGCAGACGUAUAUUAUAUUUUUCCACACUCCGUAGUUACGCUGGGUCAUUUCCAUCCAAGAUAAAUAUCCUUAGUAUUCUGGACUUUUAAAAACGUAAAAAAUGCCUAGAAUACUUAUCGAUCUCUUCAUUGUAUAAUAAAGUCAUUUAUCAAGUCAAAUAUUUAAAAUUCCUAUCGAUAAAAAUCAAAAUUUCGCUCGGACGAGUAACGACCCAGUUUAAUUACGAAGAGUUAAACUUGUAGGUAGACAUUUAGCGAUAGAUAAGCGUUCGCGCAGACUAUUAAAGUAUUUAGGAGCGUAAGUGCAUUUUCAAUCGAGUGUCGAUUGAUAUUUGCGCUCGCUUGACAGCGAUGAUGACUCUUCGAUUUUCGUCCAAAUAAUAUAAUAAAAUUAGGAAACGAAUAUAGAGAACGAAGAAUAGUUAAAAUAUAAUAUUAAGACGACAUACAAUUGAAACGAUAAAUGUCCAACGCGUUAACUAUAUAAAUUAUAUAGAUAAUGAGUGAUUAUAAUUAAUGUGGUAUUUUAUCUAGAAUGAAUACAAGAUGAUCGUGUACGUCUAUUUUCUCCAGAGAAAAUUUGUUAGAUUGAGAUAUAUAUAUAUAUAUAUAUAUUUAGGAAUUUAUUUAUAGAUUAGGAUCCAUUCACGCGAGAUAUAGAUUUGUAUAUUAUAUUUGUAAAAGAAGACGUUUAUUUAACCAUCCGUACGUUGUCGAGAUGGUUCGCACCAUUGUGGUUUUAAGAAGAACGUGUGCAAUGAUGUUGACUUUGAUUAUUUCUUCAAAGAACGCGCCACAGUAUAUAGAUGUAAUUUUUUCGUUGUUCUGUUAUACUAUGAUACUAUAUUACGUGCGGUGUGAUUCGUAGUACGAUGAAGGAAGAUGAUUUUUCGGAUUGCAAACGGUUGAGAAACUGCAACGAAAAAUGGAAAAUGAAAUUCGAAUCUUUUUUUCUAGAAACGGAUAUUUUUCGAGAAGUAUUGUAUUCUAGACGUAAUAAGCAGGGCUUUUCUCUUUUCUGUUUUUUGAACUCCUUCGGGAUUCUUAAAAUUCUCGCGUUCUUUAUCGAAAAAGUUUAUUUAAAAAAAAAAAAAAUAAGAAAGUAAAACAGAAAAUAGUCGAAGAACGUUUUCUGCGAAAAAGAUAUUUUCUGUGUAAGAAGUGUUUUUAUAAAAAGACAAACACUCGGUAUCGAAAAUAUAACUUCUCGAUAAAAAUAAAUUUCUCGAGAGAUUUGCAAUUUAGAAAAUAACAAUGGUUUACAAAUACACGCACAAAGAAUCGUAUAAAACUUAAUUGUUCGAAAAAUAUCUAAGAAAUCUAAUCCUCGAUUUUAACAAAAAGUCGGUAAUCUGUUAACUUUAUAACGAAUCACGCCACACUUUGCAUAUUCUAUGCUCGCACUGAUCACAUGUAUCGUCGAAUUUCAAAAGCGACAAAUUUUCAUUGUCUAAUGGGUACAAAUAUCACCGAUAAUGUUCACGAUCGUGUGAAUUAGAGUUAAAAGAAGGGUCGACGAAUGGUUCUACUUGUCUCGAACACGAGCGCUGCCAUUGAUUACUAUAACGAUCUUCGAAAGUAUGAUACUUUCGGCCGUGAAGUCUUGCUGAUAUAGUUAAGCACGAGAAGAAAAAAUUCUCCAAACGAUUGCAUUUUCUUGAAUUUUAAAAUACAUAGGAAUUUUAUUAACGCAUCAAGUGCCAUGAUAGUUAAAAAAAAAUUAUUAUAUUACAAAAUUAUAUGAAGACUAUGAUAGAACUUUGAUUAUGGGAACAUUUAGAUGGAAAAUUCUGCUUUUCUUCAAAUUCUGCUGUAAUAUCUCUAUGAAAUUUUCCAACCAUCUAACAUAUCGCACUGUGUUACGUGACGUACAUAGCGCGCGUAAAAGUCUGCGUGUGUAUUAUUGAUGAAAAGUAAAAGAAGAAACGAAUGUCGGAGUAUGUUUUUGAAAAGAGAACGAUUUUAUUUGAAGUGGAGGACCGCUUGAGAAAUUCUGGGAAAUGAUAGAACCGUUCUUGUCUGUUUUAGUUGGCUAUUUAAAGCUCGAAGCCGAACGAGCUUCAGCGUCUGGAACAUCUAUUUUUAUGCAGAAUUCGCUGGGUCAUUUAAACAAUAACAAAUGUGUUAGGUUCAGACUACGUCUACAAUUUGGAAGCUCUAUCUUUUAUUUCAAACAGGUUGUCCGAAAGAUUGGUUAUGGGAUAGAUUGGAUAAACAAUUUGGUAACUUAUCGUGACGUGAUAAUUGUUAUCACGUGUUGAGGUAAACUCAAAGGAUUUAUUUUAUUAAAUAUUCUUUUGCCAAAAGUCAUAUUUCUCUGCGAUAAUAACAAUCGACAUUCUGUUUUUCUUUUUAAUUCAGAAUUCUUCAAUUUGUCAAAUUGACAAAAUUCAAAUCUUUCAAUUUGUCUCAGCAAAGAAAAUAUUUCUGCCAUAAGUCUGCUAAUUUAAUCACAAGAAAAAUGGCGUUUCAAAAGUUACCGUUUUAUUUUAAAAAAUUAAAGGGAAAGAAAAAUCAGAAGGGGACGAUUUUUCCCAUUUGCAGAAAACCUGAUUAAUCGAUCAAAGGGUAGGAUAAAUUUUAACUGACAUGGCAUCAAACGUGUUAAUAAAUAUCAAAGAUGGUUGAAGAACGUUUAACAGAAUAAUUGAAGGCUCCGGUACAUAGAACUUCGAUGGCGCGUUUCCGAUUUCUUCAUCGAACACAUUUUCGAUCACGAUCGAGGCUCCUCGCGCGAUUUUGCGAUCUCAUCGUUCGCGAUCACGCGUCGCGGAAAAUUUUCCUCCUGGCUUAGAUCCAGGCUUCGAACCAAUUGAAGUUCGCGAAAACUUCGACUUCGAUCAAUUUGUCUAGCCGUCGUAAGCCCACGGAACAGGGAAUUUUAAACACGACCCAUAUCUUAAGCGAAUAUUGGAAGCUGAGAUCUAGAGAAUUUCCAAAUUUCAAAUCCUAAACUUUGAAAUUUCCAAAUUUUCAUCUUUUCGAAACUUUAAACGUCUCGAUUUCUCUUAACUUUAUUCCUCUGACUUUUCAAGUUCCAAAUUCUCCAAAUUUCCGAAGCUUCGAGUUUCCCGAAUCUACAAAAAUGUAAUCGACGAUAAAUAUAUUUCCAACUUAGGCUCCUGGAAAAUAAGUCGUUUCGUAUUUGUAAUAUAACCAAUUCGUGGUGUGGUUAUUCAACUUUCGCGAACAACAACGAAAAUCCGUGAAAAAAGUUAUCGAAAGAAACGCGAUCUCUACUCAAACUCGAGAAAACUAUCGUAGCAAAGAUACUCGUAAAACUGCCAAGAGAUUGAGCAAAAAAUUAAUGAGUUUACCAAACAGUGUCACGUGUGUUUAUAGUACGCUAUUGAGGAGAAAAAAAAUACGAGAAAGACACGCACACUCGUGCGUUACGUACUAAGGGUAAAAAAAGCGGCAAGACGUGUAAAAAAGGCAGGCUAACUCGGCGUCUGUCAAUUACUUACGCCUGACUGAGCACAUCCGCAAACGUGAAUCCUACCGACUUUAAAGACCGAUGUGCUUAUAACGUUCUUAAAGGUGAUACUGUUUUUCGCGCUUUCAGUUGUUGACCCUAUCGGCGGUACGAGAUCGUGGCGUGACACCUGCACUUAUGGGGUAAUAUCGAUGCAUUAAAGAUUAAAGCUGAGAGUCGAACACCUACGGGCGUUUAUUACAUCAAGUAGAGGGUGUUGGUCGCAAUGGUCUUGUAAAUAGGAAGAACGUAGAGGAAUUUUCCAAUGGAAAGUAUCUCCGGCUUGGAUAAUAUUACGGUGGAACUUUGUUUAUUCGAAGAAAAUUUUAACUGCCCGAUGAAUCGAAGUUUUGCUGGUUGAAUUCGUUUAUCUGAACACGCGCUGCUAUUACGCGAAUGAGAAACGAUAGGCAGCAAGGAGAAUCGGCGAACUCUAAUUAUAAUAAACUGUUUGUCCCGUGACAAGUUCAGAUAAAUGUAGUUCCAGUGCGUAGGUAGAGAUAUGUUAAUUUGGUAUUUGAAGGAAAUUUAAAAGUUGGAAAAUUUGUUCGAUUAUUCGAAACUGUGUACGUCUGAAUGACCAAAUAGUGGAAUUCUCGAGUUUCCGUAACUUUGCAUCUCCGAAUUCCUACACUAGCAAAUUUGUUGAUUUUCGAAUUGCACGUUGAAAUUGUCAAAUUUUAUCUAAACUCUUCGUACUUUCGAAUUCCCAAACUUCGAAGUUUCCAACUUUCGAAAUUUUUUACAAUUUCGUAUCUUCAAACUUUUAAAUUAUCUAAAAUUCUUCAAAUUUCAAGCUUUCAAAUCCUGAAAUCUCUAGAUCUCUAGCUUAUCAAAUCCCACACGCUAAAAAUUCAAAGCAUCUAAUUGUGAGUUUCUAAAUUCCCUAAUUUGAGUGUUCCCAAAUUUCACAAUUUCCAAGAUUCCGUGAAUCGUUCCGUUUUCAAAGAUUGUCUAAAUUCUCUUUGCCAACUUCUACACCACUUGCGUUCUUCUCGAAUAACUUCACGCUCUUCGAUCCGUGCGUUUCUAGGUUGUUUCAAAGUCGAUCAAAUGUCUAUGUAAAUUAAUAAAUCUCGAGAUAUUUGAAGAAUUACUUGUUACAGUCCCUGUUAAUCCUAUUCGCGAGAAACAGACGCAAUUUACACGCCGGUGUUAUCCAAUGAUUCGCGGAAACCGUAAUUCCUGCUAUACAAUUAUACGAGUAUGUACGUAAAUUCGCCGGAGGAAGCCUCGUAUCGUUAGAUAAGAAUCAUAGCCUGUCGCGCAGGGAAUCGUAUAUAAUUUCUUGUACAAAAUGCCAAUUGAACGCGGUUUUAUCCAGAGGAAAUGAGAGAAAGAGAGGAACAGAGAGAGAGAGAGAGAGAAUGAGAGAGAAAGAAUUUAAUAUAUUCUAUAAACGAAGCUUUAUAUAAAUGGUUAUAUAUAUACAUAUAUAUAUAUAAAUAUACAUAUAUAUAUACAUAAGAUAUUUCUAUAUAAACAGAUAAUAUAUGUAUACACUAAAGAAAACGUACACAAACACAUUUACGAAUCUACAAAAUAGACAACGAGAGAACGAUCGGCAUACCAUAGACUGUGGAUAUUUAUGGAAUUUCAUAUUUUUAUCACUCGAACGAUCAAGAAAUGGAUCAAGAAAUCUGUAAACAGAGAUUCGUACCACGAAACUAGAUAUCAUAAUUUUAUCGUGGACAUCUCGUAUAUUUUUGCACGUUGUAUGCAUUUUAAGAGUUGCUAUUCUUCCAAAUUUCUAUUCUUCUCGCAUUUCAUACCUUCAAAUAUAAAUGCCUAAAGAUCCGCAGGCUAAUCACACGCAAACAGACACGUACACGCAAAUAACGUUCGUUCGAUUUCAUUAUCGCGAAUCGAUGAUCGAUCCUCGAUUCGUAAAAUACAUUCGCUGCAUCUGUGUGCCCCUGCACCAAAUAUCUGAUGUAUCGCGUACAUUAUAUUAUUUAUCCGCAGAGACUAACUGUGUAUAUCUCGGUAUACGUGUCCUCGUGUUAGCUGUGCAACGACUUAUCCUAUUAUCCCGACGAGUAAAUGUCUUUACGCGAUUAUGGUGUGUCGCUGCCACGUGGACGCCGGUGCACGUGGUCGUUCGUCUAACUUCGAACGUUGUAUGACAAAUGAAUAAACACAUGUGACUUAA